AUGUCUAUUCCGGCAAUGGCAAUUGGUAUUAACGGUGAUAUUUAUUUAUUUACUAGUGAUGAUCCAAUCAAUUCACGUUAUACACUUUAUGGAGAAGCAUUAGCUAUUAUUAAUAGAACUAGUUUACAAAUUGAAUUCAAUGGUCCAUUCAAUCUUGCAGCUAUAGUUAAUUCUCAUUAUAAUAGUGAUGAGACAGGAAUUUAUUGGUUUGGAAAUGAUGAUCAUUUACGAAAAGUAAAUUUUAAUGGUGUCAAUUUAUUAGAUGUUGAUAUUAAUAGUGAGUAUGGCAAAAAUUAUUUAUUAUCUUCUGCUCCUUAUAUUCUUUCACAAUGGAGUGUUGAUUCAAAAAUUGAUUUUCAUUUAGUUUGGCAAUGGAAUGAACCAUAUGAAAGUCAAACAUCAUCUACUCAUCCAGUUAUUGAUGAUAAAACAGGUAUUAUCUAUAUUAGUAUUCUUCCAUAUAUUUAUGCAAUUAAUUCUCAUGGAAAUACUCUAGGGAAAGCUCAAAUAACAUCUCAAGAUGAAAUAAAUAAAUAUGAUCUUGUUACAUCUUGUGUUUCGUUGAAUAGUGAAACAAGUAUUGUUUAUGUACUUAUUUCAACAUUUCGUCAAUAUAAUGAACGUGUACCGACCAUUCUUUUUGUUAUAUACAAGUACGAAUAA